AUGGUCACCAAUGCUACGACUCCCAUCUCUCAUGAGCCAGAUGCGACUGGCCUGCGUUCGCCUCGGUUGACUGUUGAUAGUGUUGAUGACAACGAAAACACUAUGGAUAGAUCACGACCAACUAGCGUUUCUGAGCCACCUGCAUUACACGACUAUUCUAGUCCUAUGAGACAGCAUAAACGAGCCCCCAGCGCGCAUAGAGAAAUAAAGGAAACUCUAGAUGCCCGUGUUGAGUUUACCAGUGACGAAGUUGACGGAAGGACGUAUCAUCGCAUCAACCAGUACGUCAUCGUCGAAGAAAUUGGUAGGGGCUCGUACGGAGCUGUCCACCGUGCUACCGAUCAGUUUGGCAACGAGUUUGCUGUCAAGGAGUUCUCAAAAAGUCGGCUGAGGAAACGAGCACAGUCUCAUAUUCUUCGUCUUGGACCGCAUAACUCACCUGGUCAACGUCCUCCACGUCUUCGUGGAGCUGGUGGGCCAUUAUCACCCCAACUGACUGGGCUACGGGCCGGCGAGGAGAAUGAUGCUUUGUUUCUGAUUCGAGAGGAAAUUGCCAUCAUGAAGAAGCUCAACCAUCCGAAUCUGGUUCAGUUGAUUGAGGUCUUGGACGAUCCUGAAGAAGAUUCCUUGUACAUGGUCAUGGAAAUGUGCAAGAAGGGCGUCAUCAUGAAGGUAGGGUUGGAUGAAAACGUUGACCCAUACGACGAUGAGUCUUGCCGAUACUGGUUCCGGGAUCUACUAUUGGGCAUCGAAUAUUUGCAUGCCCAAAGGGUCGUCCACCGUGACAUCAAGCCUGAUAAUCUAUUGCUUUCAGAGGAUGAGGUUCUGAAGAUUGUUGAUUUUGGUGUUUCAGAGAUGUUUGACAAGCCCGACAACAUGCGAAUAUCCAAAUCUGCCGGGUCACCUGCAUUCAUGCCGCCAGAGCUAUGUGGCAAACACCAGGAAGUCUCCGGUAAAGCAGCAGAUAUGUGGUCUAUGGGUGUUACUCUCUAUUGUCUCAGAUACGGCAAAAUACCGUUCAACCGCCCAACCGUCCUAGAAAUCUACGAGGCUAUAAAAUCAGAUGAUCCCCCCAUUCCUCAAGACGAACAUCCUGCAUUUGUGGACCUGGUGAAGAGGAUCCUUGCCAAGGACCCUAAGAAACGGAUCCCAAUGUCCGAAUUGAGAGAACAUCCAUGGGUCACUAAAGGAGGAUCUGAUCCUCUACUGUCUGUUGAAGACAACUGCGAGCAUAUUAUUGAGCCUCCAAAUGAGCUUGAACUGAACCGAGCUUUUACCAGGAAAAUGAAUCAUUUACUUUCCAUGAUGAAAGCGAUUCAUAAAUUUAGGACCCUCCUGGCGAGAAUUCGAGCCAGGAAAAACACUAGCGUGACCAGCUCUUCGACAUCAGUCCAGUGUGUCAUGUCAGAAGGCGAGUCAUUCGAUGCGGCCGACGAUAAAGCCAAAGCAGAAGAAAUAGAAGCUCUUUUGGCCUGUCGUCGGCACCUGCUCAGCCAACAGGAUGAAGGUUCGGACAAAGGCCACGCUGGAGAGAUUGGCGAUCAGGAGCCUCUCCUCCUCGGCAUAGGCACUGGCGCGCGAGAUGCUUUCUCCUGGGACGAGGCUACUCCAGACGUAGUGGCCGACUCUCCGACCGCAGUUGAUUUCGACGUAUACGGCCGAGCUUAUGAAGAAGCCGUUAAGCAGAGGAAAGAAUCCACGUCAUCGAAGAAACCCACCAUGUACUUGACCAAGUUCGUCGAAGCAGGAGGAGACUACCUGAAAAUGGAAAACUUGGUAGAAGGCACGGUUCCAUCGCCAUCCAGUCUGAAGACUGGGUUGAAACAAGCUACCCAUCUGUUGAAGGAUAACUUGUCUUCUGAUCCGGGGGUCAAACUUGCCGAAAUUAUCGACAGGGUUGCAUUGUCCAUUUCUGGGGCAGAGAAACGUUUGAAGCAACCCGAGCCAGAGCGCCAGACGUAA